AUGUUUCAGGAACGUGCAUCCACAGUAGGAAGUUUAGUUGCACUUGAAAAGAAGAAAACGUGUAGCUAUGCAACUGGUGCGGCCUUGAGCAAUAGCACAAGCCAGUUCCAUUUUUAUAUACCAGAAGCAGGUUAUCUGGAGGAAAGCCCGAUAGAGUUUGGGCAAAUCAGCGCACCUAAGACGUCAAGCGGGAUCCCGUCGGAAGAAUCGUUCUCGUCGCCCUCCUCCUUGCCCGCGAGUUUUCCCUUCGCUUCCUCUGAGUCCGUGCCUCUUCCCUUCCCCAUGGGCCACGGGACCACCACCCUAGCCUUCAUGUUUCAGGGCGGGGUCCUGGCUGCGGCGGACACUCGCUCCAGCUGCUCAGGCCUCGUGGCGUGCCCGGCCGCCCAGAAGAUCCUGCCCAUCCACAGCCACCUGGUGGGCACCACGUCGGGAACCUCGGCCGACUGCGCGCUCUGGAAACGCAUUCUGUCGAGGGAGCUGCGCCUCUACCAGCUUCGCCACGGACGCCGCUUGUCCACCGGGGGGGCGGCCAAGCUGCUUUCACACAUGCUGCACCCUUUUAAAGGCACGGAGCUUUGUGUGGCCGCCACGCUGUGUGGGUGGGAUGGAGGGGAGCUGGAUGACGGAUGUCGCGAUGACCACAAAGGCUCAGAGACGGACGACAGCGAGCGCAGGGACACUACAGAGACUCCAAAGGCGGACGUGGAAACAACUGCGGGUGCCCCUGGCGAAAAGGUCUCUCUGUCAAAGACUCAAAGCUCUUCCCGCACAAAGCGGCAGUGUUCCAGGAGAAAAAUAAGUUUCUCAGGACCCGGCCUCUUUUAUGUAUGCAGCGAUGGCACUCGCCUGGAGGGAAAACUCUUCUCUGUGGGCUCAGGAUCCCCCUACGCCUACUCCAUCUUGGACCAGGGGGUUCGGUGGGGCCUGACGGUGGAGGAGGCCACAUCAAUAGCAAGAGAAGCCGUGUACAGAGCCACCCGCAGGGACGCGUACUCUGGGAACUUCGUGGACAUCUAUCACGUCACCGCAAACGGGUGGACCCGCAGGACGCGUGAGGACUUGAAGGAGGAGUACUACAGAGAAAAGGAGAGGCGAAGACUGGAGAGGGAAAGACGAGGCACGACUUCGUCAGAGUAAAGACGAGAGGCAAACAAAGGGAAACGUCAAGAGAAAAGAAAAGCAAACAUCGGGGCGUACUUUGGAGAGACGAGCUUGCAUCUUCGGAGCAAAUACUAAAUUAAUGAACAAGACAGGCGGUUGCAUCCUUCAGGCUAUCUCUCAAAAGAUAUGGGCAUGCAUAUCAUUCCAUUUAAUAAACAGCUGAUGUUUUGUUUGCACUGAUGGUACAAAGUGCUCUAACAGCAUCAAGGCGCUGCUGGCUGCCAUUCUGAUGUAGAUGUUAACGGAUUAUAAUUCAUUUCAUCUGAGAUAAUUACCACCCACCCCUUAAUGGGCUUUAAUCACAUAAACAAGAGAGAAGCAGACAAUGAGUAGUGUGAGGAUCUAAAGUUGAGGCCAAUGAUGUACUGUUGCGUGCGGGGAAACACAUUAACUGCAACAAUAAAGGAGCAGCAGCUGAAAACUGAUUUGUGCCUACUGUCAGAGCACUUCUGAAUUUUCUUUGACGCGUCAAUAAAUUAAUGAAUAAAUGAGAUUUGGCUGAACUUGCCUGUUCAUUUUGUGUGAAAGCUGUGCUCAUAAAUACAAGUUAUUAUUCAAAUGACUAUGACUCUGCAGAAAGACGGCGAAAGGAACGCGGCGGUAAAUCCGUCAGCGCGAAGCCACACCUUGUUGAAUUUUU